AUGCCAAACCUCACCUCUACAUGGGAAUUUCUGCUCCUUGAAUUUUCAGACAUCCGAGAAGUACAGAUCUUAUACUUCUUUGUAUUCCUCAUGGUAUACUUGACUGCAGUGACUGGCAACCUUCUGAUCAUCCUUGCUGUAGCCCUGGAUCAUCAUCUCCACACCCCCAUGUACUUCUUUCUCAUGAACCUGGCCGUCCUGGAUCUUGGCACUGUUUCUGCCCUGUUACCCAAAACAAUGGCAAAUGCUUACCUAAACAGCAGGUCAAUUUCUUAUUUAGGAUGUGUAGCUCAAGUUCUCUUCCUCUUUUUCUUUGGGGGCUCAGAUUUUGCCAUCUUGACAAUAAUGGCACAUGAUCGUCGUAUUGCUAUCUGCAAUCCAUUGCAAUAUAAGACAAUUAUGCAUAGAGGAGCCUGCAUUCAGAUGGCGGUCAGUGCAUGGAUUGCUGGUCUAAUCAAUGGUGUGUUACACAGCGGAGGAACUUUUGCUAUCAUCUUCUGUUCCAACAUAAUCAAUCAGUUCUUCUGUGAAGUCCCACAGAUGUUAAUACUUGCCUGUUCGGACAUGUAUCUCGUUGAAGUUGGACUGACUAUACUGACCUCUUUCUUUAUAUUAGGAUGCUUCAUCUUCAUCAUUGUCAGCUAUGUGCGGAUUUUUGAAGCAGUGCUCAAAAUCCCUUCUGUGCAUGGUCAGAAAAAGGCCAUCUCCACUUGCCUUCCCCAUGUCACUGUGGUCUCUUUGCUUACCUUUACUGGCAUCUUUGCCUAUUUGAGGCCUCAGAGUUACAUUUCAUCUGACCUGAAUGUUCUUUCUGCAGUUAUUUAUGCUAUAGUCCCUCCCUUGCUCAAUCCAUUCAUUUAUAGCAUGAGAAACAAAGAAAUCAAGACUGCAUUGUUGAAGCUCUUUGAUUUGGGCAGCAUUCUAAAAUAA